UUGACAACUGUGACAAUUAUUACCGUGGGUUAGUUAGGGUCAUGUAUAACUCAUUGAUGAUUUACAAGUGAUCAUUAUAAUAAAGUGUUACCAAUAAUUCUUAUGUUAGCAAACCACAUUAUUUUAGGACUGCAUCAGUGGGUGGCACCAACAGCUCCAGGAAGAACCCUGAUAAAAAGUCUGUAUAAAUAGUCUAUCAUAGGCUAUACAUCUAAUCAAUACACAUCUACACUGCUUCUGUUGAGAUUCGAACACAGCUCUCUUAUACAGACACUAUGUUUGCUGUAUCUGCGAGUGGCGUUGUUUUGCUCUUUCUGCUUCAUCACACAACACCAAACACUGUGAAUGGGCAGAACAUUGACAGUAAUACUCUUGCCAGCAUUUUUACCUUCUUUGAGGAAAACUAUAAGAGAGUUGAAAAUGGAUCUGAACGUCAGUCUGCUUUAGCCAUCAAUGUACCAAUGAAGCAGUGUCAAGCUGGAUUUAAGCCUUCAAAUGCCAACUUCCUUACCAAUGAGAAUCCAGAAGAAGUGAAAAGAAACAUCAGUAAUAAAAAAGACCCAAUUUAUGAAGGUACAGAGCUUAUAGGAGCAGGAGUUAAGGAAAUAAGUCGAAAUCAAAUACACUCUGAACGUCUCCUGCUUUACCCUCCUAAAGGAAGACCCACGCCACCCAUGCAAGACCUCCUGAAUAAAAGAAAAGAUGACAGCUGCACUGUUUUCUACACGCUUAACUCUCCAUGUGCUGGUGUCUGCCUUAAUGAGAGCAGCGAAUAUAACAUAUUUCAAGGCCUUCAAAACUGGAUUGAACACGAUAGCAUUAAAGCGCUUGUCUUUAAACAGAUCUAUAAAGAUGAUGUUAAUGAUGCUCAAAUAGCCCUGAAGAAAAUUGUGAAACAUAUUGAUGUCUAUCGUUGUAUUAGAGAGAAUAAUAAUGAGAAUGUGUGUCACGCAUGUGGAGGAAGAGAUAGUGAUACCAUUAAUGAACACUGUCUAUCAAACUAAAAGUGAAGUUACCCAAA